AAACACGACCGGCGGAGGAAAAGUUGGCAAAUUAAUUUUGCGCAGCGGGGCCUGGGAACAACGGGCUGCCGCGCUGCGCCGAGAUGCCGUGCGCCUCAGGUAUUCCGCGCCUACCGAUGCCCACGGUCGAAGCCCGCAGCCCAGGUGAGACAUUCGCGACUACGCUACAGCUCCAGAUGAUUCGCCAAGCCCGGUGCACAAAGAUGAACCACGUGUCCGCCCUGCUGGGAGCGCUGCUGUGGCUGCUGUGCGACGCAUCCGUCGGGCUCAUCGACGUUCAGAUCCGGAAGGGCAAGUGCGUCCUAAACGGAACGGAAAUCGAGAACGGGAAGUCGGUCAACUUGGAGAAACCGUGCGAAUCACGCACAUGCGAUGCCAAGGCUAAAACUGUCGAAAUUAUCGGGUGCGGACCGAUCGUGGCGCCGCCAAAUUGCACGCUCGUCAACGGGACGGGCAUUUUCCCCAAGUGCUGCCGACACGCCGUCUGCAAGAGGACCGGCCUGAAGCCGGUCAACAUCACCGCUCUGCUGUCGAGCCUCACCAAGUGCUGAGCGCCCGACUGAUUCGACGACGAAACUCGAACUGAACGAGGAUUCUUCGUUCAAAGUAAACUGGACGCUGAGCAAAUCGUUAUCCAUAACGGGAGGCAUAAUUUAUAGGGCACACGGAAGGGAGCGAGCGUUACAUUCGGACAAAUAAAAUUGAGUUGCACGAAAAGUGUC